GGAAUGCAGUGGCCAUGCUGUUUUUAAAAGCUGAAUGGAUGUUUCUGGGCUUCGUCCUGUGCAUCUCAGUGGCUCUGGGAAAAGAAAGAAGCAUCUGUAUCCUAAAAGGUUCUUCUGUUAAUCUGACCUGCUCUGCUGAAAAUUCAUCUGCCUCCAAGAGCUGGUACACCGUCAAGAGAAGCAAUACCAUGUUUGAUCUGAAAGAGCUUUCUGCAAACGGAAAUGUCACCUACAAAAUAACUGAAGAUGGUACUCUAACCAUCAGAGAUGUAAAACACAGUGAUAAUUAUUCUUACUGCUGCCAAGAAUCCAGCAGCAGACCUGAACUGUGCUGGGAGGACCGAACAAAGCUACACGUUGCAGACUUGCAAGUAAAGGUGUUUCCUGCCACAGAGGGACAGAAAGUAACUCUGAUGUGCACAACCAGCUGUCCUCUGACUGAAAGCCCUGCGGCCUUCAUCUGGUACAAGAACAGAAAGUUCCUCUAUGAGGACUGGUCCCCCUGGUACCAAGAGCUGGUCAGCAGUGAUCAGGCAGUCAGAUACUCCUGUGCUAUCAAAGGCUACGAGGACCUCAGAGCUCCUGAGGCCUCAGUGGCUUUCAUCAAUCCAGACUGCUUUGGUGUGACAUAUCCAAAAGCUGAAGUGUGUCCCAAGGAGCUGAAAUCAGCAGAUCAGCCCUGCUCCAUCACGUAUCCCAGAGAAGUACGGGUUGAAAUGAUCUCUGAGAAGGACUUUACAACACUGACCUGUAACACCAGCUGCCCUGCGUCUGACUCUCAUACCGCCUUUAGGUGGUACUGGAACAGAAAGCUGUUCAUGAACUGCACAAACCAGCAUAUUACAGUCUUUAAACAUUUUGCUUACAUCUCCUGUGCUGUUAAAAACAAUGAAUAUCUGCAGUCUGAUGAUAUCUGUAAGUAUUAUAUAACUUUUUCAUUGCAUUUCUGCCCAGGUGCUUUCUAGGCUGAAAUCAGUUUUCACUAAGCAUUUUAAGAUUUUUUUUUAGGCAAACGCCCCCCCUGUAGGAAUAUUAAUUAUGUCAGCAGGAGGUUCUGCAUGCUGGAAGGAUCUUCUGUAAACAUUUCCAGCAAAUACUCAAAACCAAAUUUUUCAGACACUACUUCUGAAUCAUGGCAUAAACUAAAGAGAAACAUGAAGGAGGCGGAUGUCACCACGAUUGAAGCUAAAGGUCGUGUGGAGCACUACAGAGUUGAUGAAAACCAACAUACGCUGAGAAUUAACAACCUGAGGAAGAAUGACUCAGGAGAAUACAUGUUCCGUCUCUAUAAGUAUGAAUAUCAACAGCCUGACUUGCUGGAAGUGAUCCUGGUGGUCACAGGUCUGAAAGUGACCAUGACUCCCUCUGAUGUGGUGACAGACGGUCAGAGAGUCACACUGACCUGCAGUACCAGUUGUCCUCUGACAGAAACCACGACCUACAUAUGGUUCUUUAAUGGACAGCUGCUGAGCCUGAGUGAGACCCAGAACAAGCAUGUUGUUCUAAACCCAGUCAGAACUCUGCAUGCAGGAAACUACUCCUGUGCAGUCAGAACCCACCAGAAUAUCAGUUCACCCCUGGAGGCUCUCACUGUCAAAAAAGAGAAAUUCGUGGCAGUAAUGAAUAUAACAAGACUGGCCUUUUUGUUGUUGUUCUCUCUUUUUGGAUGUAAACUAUACCUGAUCCUGAGAACAAUUGUGACUCCCACAGCAUAGCAGAGUGACAAAUCAAAAACUGAUGAGGAGACUGCACAUGAUGAGAGAAUCCCCCCAUUGGCCAGAAAUCCGUAUGCUGAAGGAGAACAAGAACAGCAACUGGACACCGUGUAAUGACUUGACUGUAGGCUGCAGUAAAUGACCUGAACCCAGCAAAUAAUAUUAAAGACAGAAUGCAGGAUAUGACUAAAAACCUUAGAUCUGAAAGAUAAAUUAGAGGCCUUUUCUGUUGAUAUCUCUUCCUGCUGGUUGGAUGUAAGUUCCUUAUUUGCACACAUUGGCAGAUGAAAUCAUGAGAUAGAAAAGCUAAUGAUAACCCUUUUGUCAAAUAAGAUGCAAACUGCUCUAUGUUACCACAAAAGUAAUGAAAGUCAUAUCACAUUUCAUAUGUCGAUUCUCUGUAAUAUUUAUUAAAUACACAUUUGUUAAAAUUCUAAACUUUUGAGACUUUUGAACUGAGAUGGACUGGUGACCUGUACAUCUCAGUCCAUCUCUUUAAGUUUUUUAAAUAUUUUCUGCCUCUUGAUGAACAAAUCAACAGCCUGAUUGAGAAAGUGUGCCCACCCUUAAAAAUAUUUAUUUAAAGCAACUUUUGAAUCAG